AUCUCCGUACUAUAAUGAGGUGUUCGAACGCCACGCCCUUAAGACUGCACGGCAAGUGGUACACCUGCUGCUGUUGCCCUGAACGAUUUGAUGACACGGCGGCUCUGAAAAGGCAUACAGCGGAGAAACACCCCACUGGACAUAACGCUUACUUUGGCCGGGACAUCGCGCAACUAAUAAUAAGAGUGGAUAUAACAGACCUGCAAUGCAAACUUUGCCAGUGCGAAGUUAACAGCAUCGAGAAGUUAAUGGAGCAUUUAAAAAAGGAACAUUCAGAAACUAUACAUUCAUUCGAUAAAAACUACAUGGUACCAUUUAAAUUCGACACUAACAGAACAGACCUGAAAUGCGUGAACUGCGAUCAUGAAUUCCACAAUUUUAAAACGUUGGUUCACCAUAUGAACAUACAUAUCCCUAACUUUGUAUGUACCACCUGCGGCAGCGGAUAUGUGAAUCAGAGGAGCUUGCAAAACCACGUCCGACAACACGCGAACGGAGAACACAAAUGCGAGACAUGUCAGCGAGUUUUCAAUAACGACCUCAAAUUGAAAGAGCACGAAAAAUCCGUACAUCUAGGAUUUAACAAACGUAACAAGUGCGAUUACUGCCACGAGCGCUUCAAUGGCACUAUAGCCAAAAAUAUCCAUAUGGUCAAUGUCCACGGCAAACCCGCAAUUGAGAUCAGGUGUCCGGCGUGUGAAAAGCUUUUUAAAAGCCAUAAAUAUCUCGCCAUCCAUAAGCGGACCUUCCACAUGAUGGAGAAACGGCACAAGUGUCCUGAAUGUGAUAAAAUGUUUUUCUCCACGCCAGAGGUAAAGAACCAUAUGCUAACGCACACAGGGCAGAGAGACUUCCACUGUGUGAUCUGUAACAAAUCGUACGGAAGGAAGAGCACUCUGAGGGAGCACAUGAGGAUACACGCAGACGAUCGUCGAUUUAAGUGUGAACACUGUGAAAUGACGUUUGUGCAGAAAUGUAGCUGGAGGUGCCAUAUGAGAUCUAAACACGGGGAGGAAGUGUGAUUUACUUUGAUUUUGUAUUAAUAUUUAAUGUAAAUAAAUGUCUCCUUUAAUGUUAUUAUAAAUUAUUAUUAUCUU